GUAAUUUCAACUGCCAACUAGUGUUUGAACAAUUCAGACCAAGACCCUUGGUUUAAGUGCCCACCAUAACAUCACAUACAAAAACAAAUGAUGUCCCACUGCCCAUUGUCACAUUUUAAUAUCCCUAAUCUUUGACUAAUAAUUUUAUAAGGUAGGUGCGAUUCCAUUUAUAUUUUUUACUAUAAUAUAUAAAGCUUAGUUGACCAACCAAUUGUAUACUGGAAGGAGAUAUGGACUCUUCAAGAAUUAAUCUUCGCCCAUUUAAGUUAACGGAUGUUGAUGAUAUGAUGUUAUGGGCAGGCGAUGAUCGAGUAACCCGGACCAUCCGAUGGGAGACUUUGACCUCGAAAGAGGAGGCACUGACUUUCAUCAAGGAAGUGUGUAUACCCCACCCUUGGCGUCGAUCGAUUUGCAUCGAUGACCGUUCAAUCGGGUUUGUAUCAGUAUUUCCUGGAUCAGGUGAUGAUAGAAGUCGAGCUGAUGUAGGAUAUGCUGUUGCAGUUGAAUACUGGGGACAGGGGAUUGCUACUAAGGCUGUCAAAAUGGCAAUUCCUCAAGUGUACAAAGAAUUUCCUGAAGUAGUAAGGCUGCAGGCAUUAGCUGAUGUUGAAAACAAGGCAUCCCAAAGGGUAUUGGAGAAGGCUGGGUUCAUCAAGGAGGGCAUAUUGAGAAAAUAUGGAUAUCACAAGGGGAAAAUAGUGGAUCUAGUCAUGUACGGUCUCUUAGUACACUGAGUCCACUGAUACCAUUCCUUCAGGUCCAUGAAUUUAGACCACCCACUUUCUUUUGUUUUGUUAUUGCUCUUUACUAGGUGUAGAUCUUUAUGCAUUGAGUAGAACUCAGCAGUGUUUUACUCUUGAAAUAAAAGGUCAUACUGGUUUUUAUGUUUUACAUAGUAUUAACUAAGUGUUGAUCAGCUAAAACUAAUACAGUAUCAGAAAGUUACUAUUUGUUUGUUUGAU